CGAAGGGCCGUCUAGGCUUUCUUCCCUCCCCCACCCCGCCCCAGGUCCCCGGGAAGGGAUCCGGCCCGCGCAGCCGGAGAGACGCAGGGAACAUGGCAGUCCCUGGAGCCGCGGGCGCGAGCCUCUCGGCCUUGCUGCCCGCCCAGACCUCGCUGGAGUACGCGCUGCUCGACGCCGUCACCGCGCAGGAGAAGGACAAGCUGGUCUACCAGUACCUGCAGAAGGUGGACAGCUGGGAGCAGGACCUGGCUGUGCCCGAGUUCCCGGAAGGACUAGAAUGGCUGAAUACAGAGGGUUCCAUUUCUGUCUACAAGGAUCUUUGUGGGAAAAUUGUAGUCCUGGAUUUCUUCACUUACUGCUGCAUCAACUGCAUCCACCUGUUACCUGAUCUUCAUGCAUUAGAACACAAGUACACAGAUAAAGAUGGCCUUCUCAUUGUUGGUGUUCAUUCAGCUAAAUUUCCAAAUGAAAAGGUUCUGGAUAACAUUAAAAGUGCUGUUCUUCGCUAUAACAUCACCCAUCCUGUGGUUAAUGAUGCCAAUGCUUUCCUUUGGCAAGAUCUGGAAGUUUCCUGUUGGCCAACCCUGGUCAUACUUGGACCCCGUGGAAACAUCCUUUUUUCUUUGGUUGGAGAGGGGCACAGAGAAAAAUUGUUUUUAUUUACUUCAAUGGCUUUAAAGUACUACAAAGAAAGAGGACAGAUUAAAGAUAAUAAAAUUGGAAUAAAACUUUAUAGAGAUUCUUUGCCACCUUCUCCUUUACUUUUUCCUGGCAAAGUAACAGUAGACAAUGUGGCUGAGAGGUUAGUGAUAGCAGACACUGGACAUCACAGAAUUUUGGUUGUCAGAAAAAAUGGACAAAUCCAACACAGCAUUGGAGGUCCCAAUAGUGGAAGAAAAGAUGGGACAUUUUUAGAGUCAACUUUCAAUUCUCCACAAGGUGUUGCCAUAAAGAACAACAUCAUAUAUGUAGCAGAUACAGAAAAUCACUUGAUAAGAAAGAUUGAUCUAGAAACUGAAAUGGUGAGCACUGUGGCUGGCAUUGGAAUACAAGGCACAGACAAAGAAGGUGGAGCAAAAGGAGAGGAACAGCCCAUCAGUUCACCUUGGGAUGUAGUUUUUGGAACAUCAGAGGUCUGUAGAGAUGAUAUUCUGUGGAUAGCUAUGGCAGGGACUCAUCAAAUCUGGGCACUUAUGUUGGAUGAUGGGAGACUACCAAAAAAAAGUGAGCUGACAAAAGGAACUUGCCUUCGGUUUGCUGGAAGUGGAAAUGAAGAGAAUCGAAACAAUGCAUAUCCCCACAAGGCAGGUUUUGCCCAGCCUUCAGGUCUUUCUGUGGCUUCUGAAGAACCUUGGUACUGCUUAUUUGUAGCAGACAGUGAGAGCAGUACUGUCAGAACUGUCUCACUGAAAGAUGGAGCAGUGAAACAUCUUGUAGGAGGAGAGAGAGAUCCCAUGAAUUUAUUUGCUUUUGGGGAUGUUGAUGGAUCAGGAAUUGAUGCAAAACUUCAGCACCCACUUGGAGUGGCUUGGGAUAAGAAAAGAAACUUACUUUAUGUGGCAGACUCCUACAAUCACAAAAUUAAAGUUGUGGAUCCCAAAACAAAAAGCUGCACUACAAUUGCAGGUACAGGAGAAGCAAGUAAUGUUAUCAGUUCAACUUCUACAGAGUCAACUUUUAAUGAACCUGGAGGCUUAUGUAUUGGAGAGGAUGGUAAUUUGCUAUAUAUUGCUGACACAAAUAAUCAUCAAAUUAAAGUGAUGGAUUUGGAAACGAAAAUUAUUUCUGUGCUUUCUGUCAUCAGUUCGGAAGCUGCUGUUGUUGAUGGCCCAUUUCUAGAAAAGCAGAAGACAGUAAAACUACCCAAACUUCCUAAAUCUUCUCCAAAUGUUAAACUUUCACCAUUGACUGUAUCUCCUGGACAGAGUCUUCAGUUUAUUCUAAGAUUAGAUCUUCCUGCAGAAACAAAACUAACUGAAGGAGCACCUAGUUUCUGGUUUCUAACAGCUGAAGGUAAUGAAUGGCUUCUUGAAGGACAGAUUCUGUCAGGAGAAAUUAGGAGUCUUUCUAAGCAACCUGUGAUAUCACUGCAGAUUCCUCGUAGUUGCUUGUCCUUCGAAGCAGUUGUGUCCAUCUGUGUGUGCCUCUAUUACUGUAGUGCAGACAGCAGUGCCUGUAUGAUGAAAGGAAUUCUAUUUAGUCAGCCUUUACAGAUUGCUAAUACAUACCACAGUAGCACACCUCCAGUAGAGCUGAGAUAUGUGUUUUAGACAGCUAAUCCUCCACAAUUCAGUCAGUCACUUUAACUUAUUGCUCACUAUUUUUAUGCAAGCAACCAAACAGAUGGCUUUCCUUCUGUCCCUUAUCACCUAGUGUUUAAGACAGAAUAACUUGAAAUUCAUUACUUUAUGACAGCAUCUGCUAUUUAAGUGAAAUUAUGUUAACUUUCUACUUAUUUAAAAACUGGUUAAGUCCUAGGUUGUAGUUUGGACUGUGGCUCUGUAUGGAGUAUGGCUCUAUAAUAUAACUAUGUUCUGAAAAGAAGUGUUUGAGGUCCAAAUUAGGACUAGUAAAAUUAGGUGCAGUUGAUAAAAUAUGGAGUGCUUUAUCUAAUUUGCCUUUAUCGAACUUUGUAGCUUCUUUCAGUAAAUACACAGUACUUUUCACAGGAACCAAGAUUAGAUCUAUAAUUUUGUAAAGAAUUGUCCAAAUCCCAAGCAUAAGUUCUUUCUUUAUUUAAAAAUGGUUUGUCUAUCACAGUAAAAUUUUAAAGAGGACUUUAAUAUGAAUAUCUGAAUCAUAGCAUGUAUUUGAAAUAUAGAUGUACCUAUUUUAUGGACAUUGGGUCUGCUGCUCUAAUGUGAAGAGGAUAGCCUUAUAACAAAAAAAAAAUGCAGAGAUUGCAUUUGAAUGCUAUUUUUUUGAAAGCUACUCUUUGAACUUGGGUUGAAAUACUUACUAUAGUUAUACCAAACAGUGAAUGUGGUCCACCAAAUGUUCUAGUUUUGCAAGGAAAAGGAAUUUUUUUGUGUUACCAUUUAUAGUAACAUUGUUAGAGAAUUCAGUGUGACUGGCAGUUGAAUCAGAUCAACACUGUUAGUACCUCAUGGAUUUUAUUCUUCUGUAUUAAUAUGAAAUACAAAUAUAUUUGCUCUCUUUUGGUUUCUCUCUUCCAAAAUUAAAAUUCUGUGAAUUUUGUGUUAUUUUUUAAACAACUCUUUAAGUAUUCAAAUUGGAAAUACUCCACUACUGUCAGUAGUAUAGUACAUUGUACAAACUAAUUCUCCAUACUGGCAAAGCUGAAUUUAGGUUGUUCUGAUGAUCUCUCUUUUCUCUUUACUAAAAAGAACAACCUUUGAGGACACUUAGAAGGGUUGCUUUUUUAUUUGUAAGCCAUAAAAACUUAUUCUUUUAUGCUGUUGAAGUAACUGUAAAAUGUGUACUAGGAUGAGAAUGACAUUUUCCCCUAAAUUAUAAUUUUAAAAAUAUCUUCAAGGCUUUUCCUGACACCUUUUAGUUAAUUGUUGAGAUGGUUUGUCAUAUCUGUUACUUUCUACAAAAACUGAACCUGCUGACUAUUUGAUCAAAUGUCUUGUUCUUUAAAACAUCAAGGGAGCCAUAUUUAUUCAUUCAGUUGACAAAUACUUAUUGAGCAUAUGGAGAAGUAUAUCUUUUUUUUUCUUUCAUGAAACAAUAUCAAGAGAUUUGUAUCUACAAAACAGUGCUAGGACAUGAAAUAUAAUUAUUACUGGCCCAUUUUUUCAUAUUAAUAGUAAGUUGUCAAUUUGAAAUAAUUAACUGCUGUCAUCUCUCAUGGUUGAAACUCUAGUUAAGGAAAUAGCUUAAUUAGGAAAUUUGAGUUAGGUUGUUUAUUUGCUAAGACUUCAAAAUGCAUAAUAAGUGGGAAACCUUGGAUUCUAUGUCUCAUAAAACACAAUAAUGAGCUUUAGUACUAGAAGAUCGCAUAACAUUAGUCCUAUUGUCUUAAUAUUAGAACUUGGCCAGAAAGAACAAUAUUCUAAAUUCUCACCUGAUUUAUUUUAUUUAUCUCUUCCAGUUGGACAGGAUGAGAAUAUUCUGGCUCAGUCAUUUUCUGUUCCAAAGAGCAUGGAUUGUUUGACAUGUUCUCCAAAAGUACACUUAAGUCAGAAAUAAGUUUGAUUGCAAAUAUAUUUACAAGUCUACUUAAUUAUGUGUUCUUGAAAAGAAUAUUUAUUCAGAAAUAUUUUCUUAUGAUAAUUAUCUUUACAAGUAUAUUAUUUUUAUAUAAUUAAAAGACACUUUAUUUUUAGAACUAUGAUUUUUUUCUUUGUCUCUUUCAAACUAUGUUUAUGUUUUCAAUAAUCUUUGAAGCAUAAUUUUGAAAAAUUAACAUGUAGCCAGCUGCAACUGUUUUCUCAUUGAUAACCCUUAUUUACCAAAGGCUAAUCAAAUUGGUGAAUAACCAUAGAAUAAGUUCUUUAAAACAACACUAAAAUGCCCAAUAUUGAAGAGAAUAGAAUUUUAAUAGAUUAUCAGAUUGAAGCAAGUAUCCUACAUAAGGAAGAAAGAAUACACAGUUGGAGAUAAUAAUUUCUUUUUUGCUGUAUUCAUUGCCUUUUGCACAUUUUUAAUUUUUGCUUGGCAGCUGCUUAAUUUAAUUUGCCCAGUGAUAGUGUUGUUAAUCACUAACAUUUUGAUGAAAAGGAAUGUAAUUAAAUGCCUAUGAUAGGUAUUUGCAUACAUUUUUAACAAAAUAUAUUAAUAUUUUUAAAGCAAACUUGAAGUAGGGGUAGUACUUCUAUACAAGGUCAUUCUACUGAUUUGUAGCCAUGUUGAUUUUUUAAAAAAAAACUUUCUUAAUAACAUUGUAUAGAUUAUUUGUAGGAUUUCCUCUUAUUUUAUCCACAUGAACUCAGUGUUGCUGUAGUUCAUGCCAAAAAGAAAUAUUUAUUUUAAAUAUACGGUUGCCACAAAUAGUACACAACUGGCUACUGUGAUAUCUUGGUUCAUUUAAGAAUUAUCAUUCUUAAUAUUUAAUAAGAAAGCAAAGUUGAAAAUUUUGAACUAUCCAAUUUUUUUUAUUAUAGUAGCCUACCUACAUAGUUGGUACUCUUCUUCCUCAUUUUCAUUUGUCUUUGCGAUUAAAAAAAAUUCAAAAUUGAUAGUAUCAUUGAAAUACAAGAGGGUUUUUAAUACGAUAAGAAAAUAUGAUAUAUUGGAAAAAAUUAAAAAUCCUCACUAUGUAAUAAUUUUUCCCUUAUGGUACCAAAAAAUACCAUUGGUCUGUAUUUAUAUUCAAGCCACUUAUUUGUUUAUAUUUAACAGCUAUCACCAUUAUUUGACUGGUUUAAAUCUGUUUUUGACUGAAUUGUCACUAAUUUACAUGUGAAGAUAAUUUUAAGUAGAUGAACAUACUGUAGUACUCUAUCUUCUAGCAUCUUCAAGAUAAACGAUGACAAAGUAAACACAUAUUUUGCAGCAAAAAAUCACAUUGAUAUCUUUGGAACAACCAUCUCUUUUGUGCCUUCUUAUUAACCAAUUUCAGCCUUCCUAAACUGUAUAUUCUGAAGAAGUUUGAAAAUGGAAUUGAUCUUGCUAUUUUUGCUCUUUUAUUAUUAAUUUAUAUACUUUAAGCUCUUUGCAAAAAAAUUUUUUUUUAAUUUUUUUCUAACAAUUUCUCUUAAGUAAGCAGGAGCAUAAGCACACUGAUAUUUCACUACAUAAUAAUGCCCUUAGACUUGCUGUUGAGGUUUUUCUAGAAUGUAAGAAAAAAGUAAGAAAAAUUUCUAGAAUGUCCAGUAAUAUAUCCAUGCCUUUUGCAGAACCCAAAGUAGGCGUAUCUCAUUCUGAAUUUUAUAGCAAGUGUUACAAUUUUAUCUAAUAUACUUAGAGCCAGAUAAGAAAUUUCUCACAUACACUUCUCCCGAAUGAACAGGCUAUUUUUCUGUUUUCAAAAUUUAGAUCUAAAAUGAAAUAAAAUUUCUCCCUUUAUGCUUUUUAAAUUUCUGAUAAUAAAAGUCAGUGUUAGCCAUAGUCUAUCAAUAUAUCUAACCAAGAACAAACAAACAAACAACUUAGCAAUGUUUUCCUUAAAGGAAAUUUAAAAUACUAGUAUUUAUCAUACCAGUGAUACUGAAAUUGAACAUUAAUAUUUUAGUUACAUUGUCUCCUGAGCUUUGUUGCUAUAGCAUUCCAUGUCUAAAAUAGUUCAUUUUUAAUAGUUCAUUCCUUAGAUAUUUUGUAUUCUCUUUUUUUCUUAGAUUCAUACAGUGCCCAGAAUACUACAAGAGAUUUUACAUUCUUGGCAGAUAUAUCCAGUUCUUACAACCUCCCACUGUAGAGAUUCAAUAACU